AAACACCUCUAUUCAGAUCAUGGGAACAAAUGGGUAGAAGUGAAUCAGCGGCGCUAUGGGCGACUUUAUACUUCCACCUUUCAUGUCACAGCUCCAGUGAGAUCCACCCUGCUCGGCCCAGUGAGACCUCCUCUGUAGUACGGACAGACUUGCCAUGUAAACGUCAGCUGGACAGCCCAACAUGCAUCUACUGUGGGCGGCCCAGUGAGACCUCCUCUGUAGUACAGACAGACUUGCCAUGUAAACGCCACCUGGACAGGGAAACAUGCAUCUACUGUGGGCGGCCCAGUGAGAUCUCCACUGUAGUACGGACAGACUUGCCAUGUAAACGCCAGCUGGACAGGUCAACAUGCAUCUACUGUGGGCGAAGACUCUGUUCAUCCUGGGCUACAUCAGAUGUUUCGUGGCAGUUGGGUCUGUCGAGGUGAAGGAGGUCUGCAGCAACCUGCCCCGCGGGUCUGUGAGGCUUGAGUGCGGGCACCCUGGCAGGAUCCGUCUGGUCCGCGUCCUGUACAGGAAGACGUCACCAGGAUGUGUCACACAAGAUGACACGUGUGAAUAUCUGCAGGAGACUCAGAAACAAGGGCUGACAACAAACUGCGUCGGAGUGUCGGUCUGCCACCACGACAUCUGGAGCUUCUGGCUGACUCACAAGUGUGGAAAUACGACGUCAUAUACGGUGACAUUAUCAUACCAGUGUAUCAACGAAUCGCCCAUAGAUAUCUGCAGCUGCACCACAACCUCCUCCACGGAAGACUCUACUCUGUAUCUUUCAUCUUCCAAUUACCCAUACGAAUCACAGAACUCAUAUAACACGUGUCAGUGUGACGUGACAGGGACGUCAAUGACGGUGACGAUACUAGAACUGUUCUUCAGACAUCGUGACGGCGUCAGAGCUAACAUAACACUGAAGGGAGACAACUCUAUCUGGCAAUCUCUCUCACACAGAUAUUUUGUAUACAAUACGCCAGUGAUGGAAAAUGUUUCACGUUUUACGGUGACGUUUCAAACAUAUGGGAAGCAAGGUCAACAGGUGUGGCUGAAGGUCAGAGGUGUGUCCAACCUGACAGUCACGUGCAACGGAGGUACAGGGCCGACAUCACCGACAUCACCUCCCCCCACUACGUCGUCCCCACACAUUGCCCCCCUACAUACACAAGGGAAGACCAAGAUGACACUGAUUGUGGCAUGUGCUGUUGGUGCUGUUGUGUUUGUUCUGAGUGUAGUCUGUUGCAAAAUAGUAAAACGCAGAAGAAAAACUAACGGAGCUGAAACAGAUGCCACUUAUACCUACUAUGAUCACGGGGUGGACCAUGUACUGGAACCAUGUGACAUCUCCGAGUCAUCGGACCCAGAUGGGCGUCCUGACUCCGACACCAACAUCUGCAACAACACUGUAAGCAGCGCCGACAGCAACAACGGCGGUAACACCGGCAGUCACACCGGCAGUCACACCGGCAGCCACACUUACACCAAUGGCAGCAACAACAUCUACACCAACAUCUCCGACCACCUGGAGGGGGGGCAUAUGUACAUACGCGGUAACACAGAAUGUUGAGAAGCAAUGCAUCCACAUCUCCACACUUUACCCAGCGAUGGGGGGAUAGGUUAAAAGACGUUUUUCUGACAUUAAGUUUAUGCAGGUCUCAGACGUUGACCACUUGCUGGACCUUUACUAAAGAUGACACGUCACUUAUAUUCUGUGUCCUUGAAAGAAAUCCAACAACUCCAGCAACCUUUGCUGGUGGGUGGGUCCACAAAUAGGAAGGGCCAAUAGUAUCGACCAGGUGGAAUAGUUCUUGAUAUUGUUUUGACACGUUUUGACAAACCAGAAACUGACUCCAAUAAAUCAAAGAAAGACCGCAUGUUCUUGAAUUUGAAUUCGUGUUCAAUUACAGGAAAGUCCGUUGCAGAACGCGGACUGGGCAGCUCAUGAUGUAAAUUCAACAACUUGAGGCUGCCAUCAUUCCGUAAUCAACCGUUUGGUCAAAAAUCACCGGUGACGUCUCUAUCAAGCCUGGACCAAGAUAUCGUGAGCAGCCACCUACCAGUUGAGAUCACAACAUUCUAAUUAAAACUAUUACAGAUGCUCUGGAGGCAUAUGCAAAAAAAGGAACAAAAGAGAAGAGGAACCUGUUGAUGUUUUUGUGCGUGGAUUAAUUCACUGUGUGGUGUUGUUAUUGGUAGAAUGCACAAACAGAAAAAAGGACACAGAAUUGGAAUAAACCCAUUCUUUUCCAGUCAGAUGUCACCCUACAUGAAACGUGUUGCCGUUUUCAGUGACAAGACUUCAAAUGUCGAGCAGUGUUCUGUAGCUCCAACCUUUGGUGGCUAUAGUUCUCAUGUUACCAUAGGUUUGUAACGGGUGCCAUCAGACGGCUAGGAUACGCUAACUCUCUCGUGAACACCUGGUGUCAUCGCUAUUUGAAAGCGAUUCCCAAUCAGAUGCGCAUGAUACAGUCGUACAAAGGACUCCUGUGGCUGAGGAAAGGGGGUUUGUCGGAUUAAUCAUCAUCACCGUGAUGCGCGAUGCUAUUCUGUUACCUUCGGGUGGGGUUAUCACAUCACCUUACUCCAGAUCACUGGAUCGUGUGGUCAGGGAUGGUGACUUGGUGGACAUCGUGGCUUUCUUACCCGAUGACGUGGAUAGUGAUCAUUGGAUUGUCUUCUCCUGACUCGAUUGUUUACAGGCCACCGGCAUAUAGAUCACUGUAGUACAUUGACUGACACAGCAAAAUACACGAACAUCCCUCGUUACGGAUGUGUAUUUAUACAAGACGAUGUAGUCGAUGUCCAACCAGAAGUUGAUAGUACUGGGGCAGAUGCAUGUAUCCAUGGUCUCUGUGUGUUUCUUGAAUUGCUGUACUUAUAAAUGGAGACUAAAUUGUGCCCUUUCAAAUCAGUCAUCUAUUACUUCUUUCGGUAUCGGUUCCACUGAGUGAACCACCCACGUAUGUUCCUGUAAAAGGAAGAACGGAAUAGUAAGGAAGAGAAUUUAUGGAUGUCAACGUCUUUAUUAUGAGGAACACAACGUUUCGGAGUACAUGCUUACUCCUUCAUCAAGUGAGAGAAUGCCAUGAGGCAGAGAGCAUAUAUAUGUACAUGUAAGGACAACAAAAUCAAUAAGAUUACAAAAGAUGGAAGCUAACAAGGGGUAGAAGCUAAAAAGGGAAGCCAACAGAUGAUUGGCGCUGAUAGGUGAUUAGGAAUAGACAAUGGAAGCCAACACUUUACAGGAAUUAGCGCUGAUGGUAUGGAAGCCAGUACUUAAGUUAUCAUUGAUAGGUAAUAGACAAUAGGCAAUGGACAAUGGGUAAACGGGAGGCCGGGGGUAAUUAGCACUGAUAGGUGAACGAAUGGAAAUAGCAAAGGGCAAAUGGAAGCCAGAUAGAUAAUAGGCACCGAACAAGAUCAAAGCAAUAAGUUCCAAGCACAAGGCAGAUUGUGUUCCUCAUAAUAAAGAAGUUGACAUCCAUAAAUUCUCUUCCUUUUAGUGUAUCAUUUCUAAAUGCCUUCAAAAGACUUAACAGAAUAGUAGAUUUACAAUUUCUCUAAUCCUUGUUUGAUAGCGUUCCUUAGAUGCCUAGUAAUAUUAUUAACUUGUUUUACAUAGAAGGAAAUUUACACAUUUAUGUACGCAAUUGUAUCCAUGUCGCUACCGGUGCUGGGAGAUACCGGUGAUGAUUUCAUUUACGUAGGAUCUUUGUGUGAACUCAUCCAUCUGGAGUCUUGUUGCUUGUUGCACUCGUUUAUUAUUCGGUUUAUCAGUUUAGAAGACAAUACAGCCAAGUCCCGUUAAUCCGACAUGGUUAGUUGCUUAUGAUUAUGUCGGAUUAACGAGUAUGUCGGACACACGAAUUUAAGUUGUGUUAACGUUCCUCGAGAGAAGCUCGGACACCUACACGGUAGAUAACGAUACAAA